AAAAAAAGUUCAACAGCUCCCGUCAACAUGACCACCAGCCGCAUCCUGCCCCCGAGCUGAACAACACGCCCAGACUGCGAACCGCCAGCAGUCAACCAGCUCUGCGCUCCCCUCGCCCUUGCUCUCGGUCAAGGACUGUUGAAUGGCCUGCACACCUCGGUACGUGUCGGUUCGCCGGGAAGAAUGUUCCUCGAUACAUCCGACAUGACCUGAAGAAAUGGCAGAGAAUCAGCAACCCACUACAGCGCCUGUGGUUGAUGUAGCCCCACCAGGUCAUCUGCCUGGGGGAGGGGCUACUCCCACGGCAGACACCUUCACAGGAGAGGCACCACCUGCUGUCUCAUCGUCGCCGCCCGCUCGUGCACAGAAAGGCCCGUCCAAGGCAAAUCUGCACCAGCUCUACAAGCAGCCUCUUCCGGUCAAGAUCUUCCCCUUCCCAACCCUGACCAGUAACCCACUCUCCUACCUCCAUCUUGCCAUCACUUGGCUGUCUCAGGUCUUGCGACCCCCUCCCGCCGAGCCGUCAGUCGUGCACACGGCCUACUGGGAUGCUGAGACGAGGACCAUCGCCGUCACCGACGAGGACUCGAUGAUGGCUCUCUGGCAGCAAGGCUUCUUCGGGAAGGGGAGUCUGAGCCGAAGUGAGCCGAACUGGUUGAAGCGGGAGAAGACCCGGUUGGGCCUAAUCAGGGACAAGGUCUCCGAGGUCGAAACCAACAAGCGCCGUGCAGAGCGCAAUCGUGUAAAAUGGGAUCGGGCCAGGGCUGAGCAGGAGGCUCUGGAGCAGAAGCGCCUGGAGGAGGCUGCCCUCGAGGAGGCGCGGCUUGCCGAGGCAGUCUCCCAUCCUGGAUCUUUGCCCGAGGCCGCGGUGGAAACGCCGGUUUUCAAGGCGGCGGCAGCUCCUACCGGCCCGCUGGAGCUGCUGUCUCUGCCAAACUCGCAGCUGGACCUCGAGUCCCUCCUCACCCGUCUGACUCCACCGCCCGAGGACAUCGUCGAUAGUGCCGAGGUAUCCAAGGCAGGGUCGAGCUCAUCUGGAAAUGAUGAUGCUGACUCAAACACCACAACAUCGGAACAUAUGCCGCUGAAGCAAGCCAAGAGCGUCCGCUUCUCGCCUACCGUGGAGUCCACCGAGUUCCUCCACAACGACCCACCCAGCCCCCCUCGUUCAGUCUCGUCUUCGUCUCUCAAACCUCAGACUGUAAACGUGGAUGCCGUCAAUCCACAGGAUCCGACAGCUUCCGACACGGACAAGGUCAUUCAGAAACCCACGGACUCUGAGACGGAGCCCGUGAUCAACAAGGAACACCUCCAGCUCCUCCCCGAGGAGGCAUUGUUCCUGGUCUUUGCUUUCGGGGCGCUCAAGGUCAUCGAUCCGGCGACCAAAGAGGCGAUCGCCCCGGAGGACCUCCUUACCCUCCUCCGCCGCAACUCGUACUUCCCUCCCCGCCUCCCAUCACAAACCCUCGAGCCCGACGACCCGUUCCUGAUCCACUACGCCGCGUACCACCACUUCCGCUCCCUAGGCUGGGUCCCCCGCGCGGGCAUCAAGUUCGGCACCGACUGGCUGCUGUACACGCGCGGCCCCGUCUUCGACCACGCCGAGUACGGCGUCCUGGUCCUGCCCGCGUACUCGGACCCGUACUGGAAGGCCGCGGGGAAGCAGGCCCCGCGCAAGUCGUGGCACUGGCUCAUGGGCGUCAACCGCGUGCUGUCUAAGGUUUAUAAGAGCGUGCUGCUGGUGUAUGUUGACGUCCCGCCGCCGGGCGCGUUCCUGGGGGACGGGUCCCCCCGGGACGGCGGCCUGGCGGAGCUGCUCAAGAAGUACCGCAUCCGUGAGCAGCUUGUUAAGAGGUGGUCCGUGAAUCGGAAUAGGGGCUAGGUCCGGGCCGUGGCUGAUAUGCACACCGAGCUUGCUCGCUUCGGUAUAGCGUUGGUCUUAGUUAGCGGAUACGAUAAAUGCAUUGUUCAGUCUGCCACCGUGCUGCAAGGGCCAACCUACUGCGAGACGGCUUCCUGUGACUUGGCUCGAUGGAACAACUCACUGUAUGGUACUCACCCAUGGGCUGCAAACAUGCACUGAGGCACCUCCCCAGACCCUAAGUUCCUACAGAUUACGUUUCCGCAGGACAGCAGGGCGCCUCACCAUAGGAAAUCAACCUAUAGAAGACCUGCUCCAGAAUAUCCUCCCGCAUGGGGAUUCCCCCAUGGAAUAAGAAAAUCCCACAGAACACAAUCGUAUGGGAGACCCUCCCAGCCCAACACUAGCAAGCCACGCCCGCCGUUCAGGACAGGAAAUGCCGGCGGCGAUGGAUUCAACCCUCGUCAUCCUCCCCCAGUCCCCGAGGGCUCCUCAAAUCCGCCUCAACAGCCUCCCUCCCACAAGGCAGCCCCCCGUCAGCUACGAUACAGCAGUAGGAUACAGCAGGGUUGCAGUUGAUACACCAUGCGUGGCACAAAGCAAACCCACCCACCGCCCACGCACAACAAUACAGCCCGCGAUGAGCGCAGCACAUGAACAAGCCGCAGUGCAAUCGGCCGAGUUGAGUCCAUCCCGCGCUCGGAGAACGUCCCGCCCUCGGGCUGGUGGGACUCGUCCUCGCGCGGCCUGGCCGGCUCGUGUCUCCGCGCUGAUAGACACACUCCCAGGCGAUGCUGUCCCGGUCGGGCGGGCGCCCAUAUCACGAGCAUCGGUCGCCUCACUAGGGUCUCGAGACACAUCAAUGUACGUCCCUAACGUUCAUUGUGGAACUCGAGCAUACCUUUUAUCACAAACCUGACGGCUUAAAAUGGACAAGAGGCCGAGAUACUCAUCCCAUCACGAUCUUUUCGCUGUUCCUAAGGCUAUGACGUGCUUUAGUUGGUACUAGGGACGGUCACUGUAACCCUCAUUUACCUACUAAACUAUCAUCUUUCUAAACCUAACUCAUAAUAGAUUGCAAGUAACAAAUAUUUUUAUA